AUGUCGUCGAACUGUGGCAUCUGUGGUGUAUCGAUCGAGAACAGUGAAAGUGAACAGAAGAUCAAGUGUACCGGUGUUUGUGGUAAUUUCUUCCAUUCUCGCUGUGCUCAAGAUGAUCUGGUUGGUGCUAAGACGCGAUCUCUACGAGACUGGAAAUGCAAAAAGUGUCGUCCUUCACUAUCAGCUACAUCGGAGGUUAGUGCGGAUGGCACGAAAGAGCUGUUACAAGCACUGGAAGAUUUCAAACAAAAGGUCUUCAUGGAGUUGAAAUCUACUAGAAACGAUAUAAGUGAACUUAAGGAAUCUUUAAAUUUUGUAUCAAACAUGAUGGAUGAUUCAAACAAACUAAUGACGGAAAUAAAAGGAGAACUAGCUACAUUGAAGAAGGAAAAUGAUGAUCUCCGCAAAGAAAAUGCAACCCUUACUGUGGAAGUGACCUCUUUGAAAGACAGAGUCCGCUCACUGGAACAAUAUUCCAGGAAAAACAACGUUGAGAUAAGCGGGAUCCCUCAAACUCCAAAUGAAGAUGUGGUUAAGUUGGUAAAAGAUGUUGGAGCUGCUCUGGGAAUCGACAUCCAGGAAGGUGACAUAUCGAUUGCACACCGUGUUCCAUCCUUCAAAAAAGAACGCACGCAGCCACUUAUCGUCCAGUUCUCCAGGAGGACAUCUCGUGAAACCUUGCUGAAAAGUUUUAGGGAGAAGAAGACGAUGACAGCCAAAGAAAUCCAUGCAGCCUUCCCAGCCCGGAGCGUCUACGUCAACGAACACCUCUCUCCAGAAAAUAAACAAUUUCUGUCAAAGCUUAAAGAAAAGUGCAAAGAAGUCGGAUACAAGUAUGCGUGGUGCAGAGAAGGUAAAUUCUUCGUACGGAAGUGUGACAAUGAUCGCUGCCUCAGAGUGGACACCUACGAGGAACUUGAGAAACUUAAAUAA